AUGAAGCAGCUGUGCCUGUGUGCAGCUGCCUCCUUCGCGCUCCGGCUCAGCCCCACCGACCUCGGCUCCUGCCCGCCCUGUGGCCCAUGCCCUAUCCCGAAACCCGCAGCCAGAGGCAGGCGCCAGGGCCAAGACUGGGGCAAAAGUGACCAGCGCCUGCUCCAGGCUGUGGAGAACAAUGAUGUGGCCAGAGUGGCCUCGUUGAUCGCCCAUAAGGGGCUGGUGCCCACAAAACUGGACCCCGAGGGCAAGUCUGCGUUCCACUUGGCUGCCAUGAAGGGCGCAGAGGGCUGUCUGGAGGUGAUGCUGGCUCAAGGUGCUGAUGUCAUGAGCGCGGAUGGAGCAGGUUACAAUGCGCUUCACCUGGCAGCCAAGUAUGGGCACCCUGAAUGCCUGAAGCAGCUUUUGGAGGCGUCCUGCGUGGUGGACAUUGAAGACAGCAGUGGGUGGACAGCCCUGCACCAUGCAGCGGCUGGUGGUUGUCUGUCCUGCUCGAAGCUGCUCUGUUCCUUUAAGGCACAUAUGAACCCCCGGGACCGGUCGGGCGCCACGCCCCUCAUCAUAGCGGCUCAGAUGUGUCACACAGAUCUGUGCCGCCUCCUCCUACAGCAGGGGGCUGCCAUAAAUGACCAGGACCUGCAAGGCAGGACAGCCUUGAUGUUGGCAUGUGAGGGGGCCAGCCCCGAGACCGUUGAAGUACUCCUGCAGGGUGGAGCCCAGCUGGGUAUCACCGAUGCACUGGGCCAGGACGCCACUCACUACGGAGCCCUGACGGGGGACAAACUCAUCUUGCAGCUUUUACAGGCGUCUGCACAGCGUCCUUCACCUCUCAGUGCCUCUUUAGAGGAUGACUCUGGAGAGGCCUCGUCUCAGAACUCAGUGUCCAGCCAUGAGAAGCGAGGGGCUCCCAAGAAGAGGAAGGCACCCCAGCCUCCGGCCAGCACACCUGUUCCUGACGAUCGGGAUGCUUAUGAGGAGAUUGUGCGCCUGAGGCAAGAGAGAGGCCGUCUCCUGCAGAAGAUCAGGGGCCUGGAACAGCACAAGGAACGGAGGCGCAGGGAGCCCUUGGAGGCAGAGGCCAGCUCAGUGCACAGCUUGGAGAGACAGGUGCAGGAGCUGCAACAGCUGCUAGCGGAGAGGCAGGAGGAGAAGGAGAGCCUGGGCCGGGAGGUAGAGAGCCUGCAGAGCCGCCUGUCCCUGCUGGAGAAUGAGAGAGAAAACACCAGCUACGACAUAGCUACCCUGCAGGAUGAAGAGGGUGAGAUGCCGGACUUUCCACGAGCUGAUGCACUGCUGUCAAAGAGUCUGAGUCCAUCAGCUGAGGAGAUAGUAGCCUCCCUACAGGAGCAGGUGGCUCAGCUCACCAGGCAGAACCAGGAGCUGCUCGAGAAGGUCCAGAUCCUUGAGGAGUUUGAGAAGGACGAGGCCCAGAUGGCGGAAGACGGUCAGCCCGAGGUGGUCCCCCUGGUCUUGUAUGACUCCUUGCGGGCGGAGCUUGAGCAGCUCCGGAGGCAGCACGCAGAGGCGAUGGAGGCACUGCGGCGGCAGCGGCAGCAGCAGGAGCCGCCCAGGGCCCAGGGAGAAGAGACAGCACAGAAGGAAAGAAAGGACAAGGGGGUCACCAUCCAGAACGGACACAGUGUCCCGGGGCUCAAUGGUGCCACGUAUCCAGAACCCACAGCAAAUGGAAUGGAACCCCACACAGGCGCCUCCGUGGGCACCGAGAACAGCGACGCCGGGGCUUCAAAAGCGGCACCCAGAGAGCCCGAGGCUGCAGCUUCACAGGCCACGGGGAAAGAUGGAGCGGCAACCGAGGCCGUGGACACUAGAGCCACUGUGGCUGAGGCCCUAGAUGUGAAAGCUGUAGGCGACAACCCUGAAAGUGAGCCGGUGGCGGUGGAAGCCACUGGAGGGAAAGAUAAUGUGGGACUGAAGGCGGACGGAGAGGAUGUGGUGCAGCCAGGGCUCACAGGACCAGGGAGUGGACAGGACAUGGAGGCCCCGGGAGUGCGGGAUAUGGCAGUUCAGGCCACAGGAGCAGAGGCCACGGCAGUGAAGACCACGGGAGUGCAGGCCACAGUGGCGGAGGUCAUAGGAGUGAAAGUCACAGGGGUGCAGGCCACGGCAACGGAAGCCACUGGAAUCAAGGCCAUCACCCUGGAGGCCACAGGAGCCGAAGCCACGGAGGAGGCAGAAAGCCCAGGAGCGCAGGCCACGGAGGCAAACGCCACAGGAGCGCAGGCCACAGCCAUGGAGGCCACGGGCACACAGGGCGGUGUGACAGAGGCCACGGGCACCCAGGCCACUGUGACAGAGGCCACGGAAGCCGAGGCCACCGGCAUGGAGGGGCCCUGCGCUGCUGCGGUCCUGCACCCGGGGGAGGCGGCGGCGGCGCUGCAGACCGAGCUGGAGACCCGGAUCCGCGGCCUGGAGGAGGCGCUGCGCCAGCGGGAGCGCGAGGCGGCGGCGGAGCUGGAGGCAGCCCGGGGUCGGUUUGCGGAGGCCGAGGCGGAGGCGGAGGAGGCGGCGCGAGGACGCAGCCGCGAGCUGGAGGCGCUUCGGGAACUGCUGGCCACGGCCACGGCCACGGGGGAGCGCGCACGCGCGGAAGCGGCGGAGCUGCGCGGGGCGCUGUCCGCCUCCGAGGCGCGGGUGGCGGAGCUGACCUCCGCCCAGGACGCGGCCCGCGAGGAGCUGGAGCGCGUGCGCGGGGCGUCGGUGCCCGCAGACGAGCACGAGCACGCCCUGGGGGCGCUGCGCGACCAGGUGACCCGGCUGCAGGCGCAGCUCGCCGAGCUGGCGCGCAGGCACGAGAGGACGAGCGCAGAGGUGUUCCAGAUCACAGAUCUGUCCAAAGAAGUCUUCGCGCUGAAGGAGGCUCUGAAAGCGCAGCAGGCAGCCCCAGCCAGCUCCAGGGAGGAGGAGGAGGAGGCCCUGCGCAGCCAGGUGACGGCCUUGCAGCAGCAGAUGGAGGAGGAGGCCUGGGAGCAUGGCGCUGUGGUGGCUUUAUACCGAACCCAUCUCCUGUAUGCCAUCCAGGGACAGAUGGACGAGGACGUACAGUGCAUUCUCAGCCAGAUCCUGCAGAUGCAGCGGCUGCAGGCGCAGGGCCGCUGAGGACAGAGCUCAGCUGUUCAGUCUCCAUUUGUCACCUCUGCAAGCUGAAGCCCCAGACACCAGCAUCCUCAGACCCCAGGGGGACGAACAGGACUGGACACACAGUGGGAGACCAGCCUGGGGCCUUAGCAAAGGUGCCCAGCUCACCCAUCAGCCCACAGCUCCCUACACUCAGGUCCUCUUAUGCCCAUCACUACCCACAUGAUGUGUUCUGACUUCCGGU